AUGUUGCCCCGGCCGUGAGGGGACACGGGCCCGGGCGGGAGCGCGGCGGUGUGGGGGGCCCGAGGAGCGGCGGCAAGAGAGCCGAGGGCACAGCCAUCGUCCCAGCACGAGGCAUUUGGCAUGGGCUCCGCGCGGCGGCGCCGCUCGCGUCUGCCUGAAGGCCACAGGCAAGGCGGGCUGGAGGCCUGUGGCGCAGAGGCGGGCUGAGGCACCGCAGCGUGCGGGGGAGGCGGGCACAGGCUGCCAGGCGGCUCCAGAAUGUGCGUGCAGCGUUGGAAGAUUUCAGCCCACUCAAAACUGCCCUUCUCCUCCACCCAUGAGUCCCUUCUUCGCCUCGCUCUCUGCUCUGCCCUGCUGAGGCCUCAUCUGGAGUCCCGCGCCCAGUUCUGGGCCCCUCAGUUCGAGAGAGACAGGGAGCUGCUGGAGAGAGGCCAGUGCGGGGACACCAAGAUGAUCAGGGAACACCUCUGUGAGGAGGAAAAGACCUGGGGCUGUUCAGUCUGGAGAAGGCUGAGGGGGGACCUCACCAACACCUACAGAGUGAAUGUCAGGAGAAUGGGGUGACGCUUUCCUGUGGUGUCCAGCAGCAGGACAAGGGUGAUGGACACAAGCUACAACACAAAAAGUUCCACUUGAACGUGAGGAGAGGCUUCUCUGGUGCUGAGAUGAGGGAGCCCUGGCCCAGGCUGCCCAGGGAGCAUGGGGAGGCUCCUUCUCAGGGGUUUCCAACCCUGCCUAGACUUGUUCCUGUGCUCCCUGAGCAAGGGAAACCUGCUGUAGCAGGGGCUGGGGCUGCAGCAGCUCUGCAGGGCCCUUCCAACCUCUACCAUUCUAUGAUUCUAUGAGACAUGAUCACUGAAAGGAGGAUGGUGAGGAGCAGAAGGAGGAAGGCUGCGCUGAGCGCUGCUGGCAGCGUCCUCGCCAACGGAGUGCAGUCCCACACAGCUCCAACAUGACAGGCAGAGAUAUGUUGACAGGAAGAUUCACUGGUGGUCCCAGGAAAGGAGCCCCAGGAGGAUAUGAUGUGCUGAUUGUGUAUGCAAGUGACGCCACUGAAUGGUGUCAGUACCUCCAGAACCUCUUCCUCUUCACUCGGCACGUUCGAAAGCAUCGGAUUCUGAGCUACCAGCUGGAAGGCGAGUCUGCCCUCUCCCACCAGGAGCUGGACCUGUUCAGCCAAAGUCGGAGCAUCAUCCUUUUGCUCUCUGCUGAGCUGGUGCAGAGGUUUUACCUCCCUCCCGUCCUGCAGAGCCUUCAGGAAGCUUUAUGGCCCCCAUACAAAGUAGUCAAGCUGUUCUGUGGUGUUACGGACUCUGAUGACUAUUGGAACUUUUUCAAGGACUGGUCUCAGUGGCAGGAGCUCACAAAUGAUGAUGAGCCUGAUGCUUACCUUGCAGCUGUCAAGAAGGCUAUUUCAGAAGACUCAGGCUGUGACUCUGUGACUGAUACAGAAACUGAAGACGAGAAGAACCCAGUUUGCUCCCAGAGACUUGCCAUGAGUGAAGAACACGGAUCAUCCAAGAGCAGUGGGAACCAUCCGGUGGUGCAGCCUGACCGCAUACGGUGUGGGGUGCAGACAACAAUUUAUAUCAUCAUGAAAUGUAAACUAGAUGGUGAGGUGAAAACUGAAGUCGAAUUCUUUCCAGAGAAUGCAUCAUCUGUGCGUGUGCUGGCUGAGAUGGAGAAUGAGUACACCAUCUCCUUGGAGGCUCCAAAUUUGACCUCUGGGACAGUGCCUCUGCAGAUAUAUUCCGGGGACUUGAUGGUGGGAGAAGCAAGUGUCACCUAUCAUACAGACAUGGAGGAAAUCAGCAGUCUGUUGGCUAAUGCAGCCAACCCAGUAGAGUUCAUGUGCCAGGCCUUUAAAAUCGUACCCUACAGCAUAGAAGCCCUGGACAAGCUGUUGACUGAGUCACUCAAGAAGAACAUUCCUGCCAGUGGCUUGCACCUGUUUGGAAUCAACCAGCUGGAAGAAGAAGAUAUGACAGCAAAUCAGAGAGAUGAGGAGUUGCCAACGCUGCUUCACUUUUCUGCAAGAUACGGGCUGAAGAACCUCACAGCCUUGCUGCUUACGUGCCCUGGAGCGCUGCAGGCCUACAGUGUGGCCAACAAAGACGGGCACUAUCCAAACACCAUAGCAGAGAAGCACGGCUUUAAGGACCUCCGCCAGUUCAUUGAUGAAUACGUGGAAACUGCAGAUAUGCUGAAGAGUCACAUUAAGGAAGAGCUGAUGCAAGGCGAGGAGGAUGACUCCGUUUAUGAGUCUAUGGCUCAUCUGUCCACUGAUCUGUUAAUGAAGUGUUCCUUGAAUCCUGGCUCCGAUGAAGAGCUCUAUGAAUCCAUGGCUGGAUUUGUCCCCAGUGCCCCGGAAGAUCUGUACGUGGAGAUGCUUCGCUCUACACCAGACACUGCAGCUGCUGGAGAUGAGGUUUCUCUUACUACCAAAGACUCAAUGCUCCGCAAGUUUUUAGAAGGCAGCAACAUGGAUGUGCCAGAGUCCGAGGAAGGAGUUAGCCAGCGGUACGGUGAGGAUGUGUACUACUCAGUGGAACAAGACAAUUUUCCCCAGGAAAUGGCUAGCAGACCUCCAGUUCCUGUCCCAAGACCAGAGUCCAGCUCUCCGCAGCCAGACAAUGAAUUGUACAUCUCCAAGAUUUUUGCACAGAAAGCUCAAAGACCUGAGAACCUCUAUGUCCCUAGAGGAAAGGUUAAGAAAGAGACCGUAGUCAGGCCGGUGAGGGACCCGUCUCAGUCAAGCAUAUAUGAUCCCUUUGCUGGAAUGAAAACCCCAGGCCAGAGGCAACUGAUUACGUUGCAGGAGCAAGUGAAGAUGGGCAUCCUCACGGUUGAUGAAGCUGUCCUGCAUUUUAAGGAGUGGCAACUGAACCAGAAGAAGAGAUCAGAAUCCUUCCGGUUCCAGCAGGAAAAUCUGAAGCGGCUGCGGGACAGCAUAACCAGGAGGCAGAUGGAGAAGCAGAAGAAGGACAAAAGUGCAGAUUUGGAAAUUACAGUACCCAUUCGACAUUCUCAUACUCUGGGGAAACCAGAAUGUGGAAUAUAUGAAUACACCCCCAGGAGAAAUGUUUUCCCCCCAAAGAACGAGUUAAAGAGAGGAGACUGGAAAACAGAGAGCACGUCCAGCACAACAAGCAGCGCAAGCAACCGCUCCAGCACCCGGAGCGUAUUGAGUGUCAGCAGCGGGAUGGAAGGGGACAGUGAGGACAAUGAAGUCCCAGAAACAACUAGAAGCCGCAGCCCAGUUGCCCACCAUGCAGAGAGGCUGCCUUGCCCAGAGAGGCUGCCUUGCCCAGAAAGGCCCCCCAGAGUGCCUCCUCGAGGUGCAAGCAGGCCUGUAAGCUGUGAAGGCUUUUAUCCUCCACCUGUGCCCCCAAGAGGUCGCUGAAUCUCUCACCAUCUGUGCAACAGGAGACUUUUCUCUGUUACGUGUGUUUGUACAGAUAUUUUUAGGUUGUUUUAAAUUAUUUAUAAGAGAGCCAAAUGUUUUCUUUCCCUUCUUCCUCCAUAAAGAUCUAGUGACUUUUCCCAUGAUUUUCACUGGCACUGCUUGGCCUUCUAUAACUUUUGUGCUUGGAAAGUUUUGGUGCUUUGGGACUGUGAGACAAGUAUCAUGGUUGGGAAGGAGAAUGCUGCUGUGUGUGUUGGCAGCUCUGCACCGACGUGAAGUUUCCCCUUGACCAAGAAAAAACACAUGUCCUCAAAGAAACGUUCAAAAAGAGACUAAAUCCUGAUAAGCAUUGUUACCAGCCCCCUCCAUACAACCUACAAAGACUGGAAAACGUGCUGGAAAAAGAAAACAAGUUGUUUGAAGACUUUGUUUGAACGACGCUCGUUACAACGGGAGCAGGUGAAUGUACUGCUGUUUGGAGUCACGUUGGGUAUGGACAUCCUGACCUCUCAGCAGGUGUAGAGUCUCCCUCCAGCAGUCAUUAAACCACGGGAGGAUGAGAAGUUGUCUUUAUUCAAGGAUUUAGCACACAGCCUUGGAAAUGCCUUUCCCUUUCCCCUUCCCUCCCUGGAGAGGACAGACAUUAUCAAGGUGGUGUGUGCUGCCUUUAGCACGGACAUUCCCAAGGCAGCUGGUAAGGGACCUUCUGUAUUAAAAACAACUGUACUUCAA